AUGCUUGGGCUCAUUCCCAGACUGUCACCGCACUGUGCUGUUAUCGGGCCUCGCCACAGGCUCCAUACGAACAACGCAGCUCGACGCAGCUCCCACUCUCACUUCGCAGCGAGAGAGACCGGUGCCCUGAUCCUUCAGCAUCAGCUGGCGGCACUACCUAGCAGUGACCGCUACCCAAAUCAUCGGCCCAUACCUGCUGAGCACCACUUGCAUUCAGACACUGCAGCCAGGAUCGAAGCAGCCCAGCCCCGGCUGAGCAGCAGAGCUCCCCGUAUCCCUUCCAACAUCCCCCUCCGUACAUUACCUUCACGUUCUGCCUCUGGCUACCACAGCUACCAAGACGCCGACUCUGCGUCGACAUCACUCCUAGCCUCCCAUCAGGGGCACGGCUUCCAACCUCACGACCACGAUCCGCAAACCCGCCACUCGCUCUCGUCCGACUCCGAGUCUUCCUGGACCGAUACCGGUGACAUCGGUGAGCAGAAAGGCGACUCCGACGACGAUCCAGUCCGACUGCAGCUCUCCGAAGACAUCGAGGACGAGCUUCUUGCCGGCCUCGACAGACGUCACAAUCGUGGCGGUUCCCACAAAAAGGUCCGCAUUCAUGGUGGCUCGCCUACUCGAUAUUCGUACUACUCGUCUCCGGUUCCCCAAGAUCUAAAGGACAUUGAAGUCCCCGACGUCAUCAUACCACCGCCUACCCUGUCCUCCCGAUUCUUCGGCCUUAUCAUGUCUGGACGCACGGGGGCCAUCCACGGCCUCACGGGCAAGGCCCUGAUAUAUUUCACCAGCAUCUUUGUGUCGCUGGGUGUCUUCCUCUUUGGAUAUGACCAGGGUGUCAUGUCGGGUAUCAUAACUGGCCCGUACUUUGUCGAUUACUUUGAUCAUCCGUCCAAGGCCCACGUGGGCACCAUGGUGGCCAUCCUGGAGAUCGGCGCCUUCAUCUCCUCCCUUGUCGUCGGCCGCAUCGGCGACGUCAUCGGACGCCGCCGGACCAUUCUGUACGGCUCCUGCGUCUUCUUCGUCGGAGGUGCCCUGCAGACUCUCGCCCUCAACAUGACCAUGAUGAUGACCGGCCGCAUCAUUGCCGGGUUCGGUGUCGGUGCCCUGACUACCAUCGUGCCAGUCUACCAAUCCGAGAUCUCCCCACCACACAACCGCGGCAAGCUUGCCUGCAUUGAGUUCUCGGGCAACAUCAUUGGCUAUACUACGUCCGUCUGGGUCGACUACGGCUGCGGCUUCAUCGAGAACAACUACUCCUGGCGUAUCCCGCUCUUCAUGCAGUGCGUCAUGGGGGUCCUCCUUGGCCUCGGCAGCCUCAUCAUCGUCGAAUCCCCGAGAUGGCUCCUCGACAAUGAUCACGACGAGGAAGGCAUGGUCGUGAUUGCCAACCUCUACGGCGGCGGCGACAUCCACGAUGCCAAGGCCCGUGACGAAUACCGCGAGAUCAAGAUGGAUGUGCUCAUCCAGCGCCAGGAAGGCGAGCGGUCCUACGUCGAAAUGUUCCGCCGCUACCGGACGCGCGUCUUCAUCGCCAUGUCGGCCCAGGGUCUGGCCCAGCUCAACGGCAUCAACGUCAUCUCCUACUACGCGCCCUACGUGUUCGAGUCGGCCGGCUGGGUCGGCCACGACGCCGUGCUGAUGACGGGCCUCAACGGCAUCACCUACUUCCUCUCCACCAUCCCGCCUUGGUACCUGGUCGACCGGUGGGGUCGGCGCGUGAUACUCCUCAGCGGCGCCGUCGCCAUGACAAUCUCCCUCUCGCUCAUCUCGUACUUCAUCUAUCUGGACAUUGCCUGGACCCCGCGCAUGGUCGUUCUCUUCGUCAUGAUCUACAACGCUGCCUUCGGGUACUCUUGGGGCCCCAUCCCCUGGCUCUACCCCCCCGAGAUCCUGCCGCUCAGCAUCCGCUCCAAGGGUGCCAGUCUGUCGACGGCCACCAACUGGGCCUUCAACUGGCUGGUCGGCGAGAUGACGCCGAUCCUGCAGGAGUGGAUCAAGUGGCGUCUGUACCUCGUCCACGCCUUCUUCUGCGUCGUCAGUUUCGUCGUUGUCUACUUCAUCUACCCCGAGACGUGCGGUGUCCGCCUCGAGGAAAUGGGCUCCCUGUUCGGCGACGCCAGCACCAUGGGCACACCGUCCGUCCACGGCGCCGAGACGGGGUCCCUCAUCCGACCCAGCUCGCCCAUCGGUUCCGGUCGCGGCAUCGGCAGCAGUGCCAUUCCCAACCUUUCCCUCGAUCCCGAUGUCGACAGUGCCAAGUCUCAGUCCUGGCUGUCCCGGGCUGUCAACCGCGGACGAACCGAUAGCGGUUACAGCGGGUCAAGCAGGUAUGCUCCUCUGGGACAGCAGGAGGAAGGAUCCGGUGGGCAGGAUGAACCCCGCAACUAG